AUGGCAGAGAAAGGCAUUGAUUAUAACAUGAACACAUUGAACAUUCGGUUAUAUUCGUAUGCAGCCACUUCGGAUGUAGACCGAAUGGAGAGGCUUUUGAUGAAGAUGGAAACUGACCCUCUGGUCACUCUGGACUGGCAUGGUUAUGCUGCCGCAGCGGAUGCGUUCUUGAAAGCUGGACAAUUGGAGAAGACAGCGGCAUUACUGAGGAAAUCAGAGCAACUCAUUAACAGUGAAACAAGGAAAAUUGGUUAUGAACACCUGAUGACUUCAUAUGCUGCUAUUGGUAGUAAACACGAGGUUUAUCGAAUUUGGGAAUUGUACAAGAACAUGGUAGGGUUCUACAAUAACGGCUAUCGGUGUAUGUUAAGUUCAUUGUUGAAGAUGGAUGACAUUGAUGGUGCCGAGAAGAUUGUGGAGGAAUGGGAAUCUGGGAACAAAUUCUUUAACAUUCAAAUACCCAACUUGUUGAUCAAAGUUUACUGCAGGAAAGGUCUUUUGGAGAAGGCCAAAUCAUAUGUGAAGAAGCUUUCAGAGGGUGGAAAGGAGUGUUGUCCCGCAUGGGCUCUUUUGGCUACCACAUAUCAUAUGAAUGAUCGGAUGGGAGAGGCAGUGGAAACAUUGAAAAUGGCAGCAAGCUCGGCAUCUCGACCAGGAUGGAAGUUUGAUAAUUCAACUUUGGCUGCUUGCUUUGAGUACUUAAAACAGAAGGGAGAUGUUGAAGAAGCACAUGAAUUGCUGAUAUUAUUCAGAGAAAGGGAAAUUAGAUUGAUAGUUGUGCACCCACAGGUUCUGGAGUUAGGUGAAACGGGAAAUCGUAUGGAAGGGAUUGAUGAAGUUCAGGAUUGA